AUGACCUCGGCGUACUUCGGUGUUGGUGGCGGCUCGAAUCCUGGGGCCGCAUCGGCCUACUUCGGUGUCGGCGGCGGCGGUGCCAAGCCAAUGGGUGGCGGCGGCGGUGGCGGUGGAGGUGGCAGCGUUCCGGCCGGAACCUCGGCAUACUUCGGCGUUGGAGGAGCCGGUGCUCCCGGCGGCGGCGGAGCCACUUCGGCGUACUUCUCGGUCGGCGGCGGUGGUGGUGGUGGUGCAGCUGCUGCUCCUCCUCCCCCAAUGGCCCCGAUGGGCGGCGGCGGCGGUGGCGGUACCUCGACGAUGACGGCCAUCGGAGGAGUGCCCGGUGGUGGCGGCGCUGGUCGUUCUACGAUGACGGCCGUCGGAGGGAUGCCCGGAGCCCCGGCUGGCGGUACCUCUACGAUGACAGCUGUCGGAGGAAUGCCUGCUGCCCCAGCUAUGGGUUCGUCGACCAUGACGGCCGUCGGUGGAAUGCCAAUGGGAGGCGGCGGAGGCGGUGCCUCGACGAUGACGGCCAUCGGUGGAAUGCCUGGUGGUGGCGGCGCUGGCCGCUCUACGAUGACUGCCGUCGGUGGCAUGCCCGGAGCCCCUGCUGGAGGCACGUCGACGAUGACUGCCGUCGGUGCCAUGCCUGGAGCGCCGGCUAUGGGCUCGUCGACCAUGACAGCUGUCGGCGGUAUGCCAAUGGGCGGCGGAGGCGGUCAGUCGACGAUGACGGCCAUCGGUGGAAUGCCCGGUGGUGGCGGCGCCGGCCGUUCGACGAUGACUGCUGUCGGAGGGAUGCCCGGAGCCCCGGCUGGUGGUACCUCAACGAUGACUGCCGUUGGUGCCAUGCCUGGAGCCCCAGCUAUGGGCUCGUCGACCAUGACGGCCGUUGGUGGAAUGCCGAUGGGAGGUGGCGGAGGCGGUGCCUCGACGAUGACGGCCAUUGGAGGAAUGCCUGGCGGUGGCGGUGCUGGCCGUUCGACGAUGACUGCCGUCGGCGGAAUGCCCGGAGCCCCGGCUGGUGGCACGUCGACGAUGACUGCCGUUGGAGGAAUGCCUGGAGCCCCAGCUGGCGGAACAUCGACGAUGACCGCCGUGGGCGGCAUGCCUGCUCCCCCGGCCGGCGGCGGUGCCUCCACGAUGACAGCUGUUGGAGGUGCUGGUGGUGGUCUACCGGCUCCCGCGGCCCCGAUGGGAGGAGGAGGAUUCGCCCCGACUGGUCCUGGCGGUGGUGGAGCUACGUCCGCAUACUUCGGCGUCGGCGGCGGAGGAGGUGGCGGUGCCACGUCGGCCUACUUUGGCGUUGGUGGCGGUGGCGCGAAGCCGAUGGGUGGUGGCGGCGGCGGCGGUGGCGGAGGUGGUGGCGUGCCGGCCGGAACAUCUGCCUACUUCGGCGUCGGUGGUGGUGGAGCUGCUGCUGGCGGCACCUCGGCCUACUUUGCCCCGAAA